UCUCUCAUCAAUUCAUUCACUUCGUUCAUCAAACAAUCAAAUCAACAAAUUAUUCAUACAAGGGUGUUACGUUAUUUGUAUUAGCACAAGACUUGUGAAGAUGGAAAGCAGCUUAGGAGACAUGUUGAUUAAGGUUGGGGUGUUCAUACUAGUUCAAGCCUUGGUGUACCUUAUUCUUUCCAAUUCAUCAAACAUCUUCUCCAAGAACAUCAAGAGAUCCAACAGCUUCAGGCCUGCACGAUCAGUGAGCAUUCGCAGGAUGCUGGCUUUGAUCUCUGAUUUUCCCCCCGAAGGGGAACCCUCUCCUUCUCCAAAGGGUCCUAAAUCACCAUCCCUUCAAAGUUAAGUCAUCAACUAUCUUUAAGGUUUUAAAUUGUGGUCUCAACCAUAAACUAAAAACAAUUUUAGUUUAUGGAGUGGUCAGAUCAAAGCUCAAAAUCUUCCAAUCGUGUUAUUGCAACCACAAUUUAAAAUCUUGACCCGAUUCAAGUCGCUUGUAAAUGAUUUCCCUCUUUCUUGGUGUAGAGGCUUUGGUAUUGCAAAAUUAGUUAAACAAUCCAAGAUUAUUGGUUUGUGGUAUUGAAUUCUUUUGUUAAUUCUUUAUUUUAUUUUUAUCAAUAGUAUUUUAAUGUGUAGAGGCUGUGGUAUUGCAAAAUUAGUGAACAAUUUAAUGUUAUUGAUUUAUAUAGGCAUUGAAUUCUUUUGUUCAUUUAUUUAUUUUUAUCCCGAAUAUUGUAAUAUAUAUGUUUAAGAGUGGAAUGUUGAGAUUCAUUAAUUUACUUUUUUUA